AUGUAUUUUGUCGGCAUCUUGUUUGCAAUUACCACAGCUGUGAACGCUUUUCCUCAGUCAAAUUCCGACUAUCCUGACCCCGUUGGCGUAACCAUAGAUCUAUCUACUCCUGCAUCCGCUGCUGAAGGACAAGUACCAAUCACAUUCGGAGGUAGCCCCUCUCCGCUCCCCCUUGGGCCAGGUCCUGUUGUAGGGACAGGAGGCCCCUCUCCGCUCCCUCUUGGACCAGGUCCUGUGAUAAAUACAGGUAGCCCCGCUCCGCUCCCCCUUGGACCAGGCCCUGUCGUAGGGACGGGUGGCCCCUCUCCGCUCCCGCUUGGACCAGGUCCUGUGGUAGGGACAGGCAUGUUAUUUGAGUUAAUUCAAAAGUGGUAG